AUGGACGACGCUGAACUCCAAGCCAUCCGUCAAGCCCGUCUUCGCGAACUCCAGUCACAACAACCCUCCCGCGGUCCUUCGGCACCAAGCGGCUUCGGAGGUGCACCCGCUGCCGGCGGCGGAGAUGAUGAGUCGAAGCGUCAGGCUGAGGAGGAUGCACGUGGUACUAUCUUGGCCCAAAUCCUCGCCCCAGCAGCACGAGAACGCCUACGACGCAUCGAACUCGUCCGCGCCGACCGAGCCCGCGGCGUCGAGAACAUGUUGAUCCAAAUGGCGCGAACGGGACAGAUUCGGCAGAAGGUUAGUGAGGAGGAGUUGAUUGGGUUGUUGGAGGAGAUUUCGGGGCAGGAGAGCAAGAGGAAUCAGACGAAGAUUGUUAUGCAGAGGAGGAGAGAUUUGGAUGAGGAUGAUGAUGACUGGGAUUAA